AUGCUUCCGAGCCGAUGGGCAUUCACUUGUGCGCGUCAGGCAAGUGCUGAAGACCAGCCCCACGCCAGUGGGAAUUUCCUCUGCUGCUCAACGUGUUUGUGACUUCUCGCCGAGGAUGAGCUCCUUCCAGAUGGCCGAGGACCUGUGCAAGGCCGACACUAUCAAGCUGCGGAACAGGCAUAUUGGGAAAUCGUGCCAACUGUUCUACAAAGGCGCCCCCCUGAAGAUCGUCCGCGGCCAGGGGCAGUACAUGUACGACGAGGAGGGGACGCGGUACUUGGACUGCAUCAACAAUGUUGCACACGUGGGACACUGCCAUCCGCGCGUUGUGGCGGCCGGCUGUCGCCAGAUGGCCACUCUGGCCACCAACAAUCGCUUCCUGCACGACGAGCUGGUGCGGUGCGCCCAGAGGAUCGCUGACAAGACUCCCGGCGACCUGUCCGUGUGCUUCUUCGUCAACUCCGGAUCGGAGGCCAAUGAUUUGGCCAUGCGUCUGGCGCGGGCGGCAACGCAGCAGCGAGACAUCAUCACACUGGAUCACGCCUACCACGGCCACCUGAUAUCCACCAUGGAGAUCUCGCCGUACAAGUUCAAUCAACCCAAUGGAGACCCGAAGCCGGCCUACGUGCAUGUGGCUCCACCGCCGGACACCUAUCGUGGCCGGUACACGAGCCGGAAGCACUCUGACGAUGAACUGGCACAGCUCUAUGCUUCUGAAGUUGAUGAGAUUAUUGCCAAGAUCAAAGCUGAGGGACGCGGCGUGGCGGCAUUCAUUGCCGAGAGUCUUCAGAGUUGCGGUGGGCAAAUCAUCCCACCAAAGCAGUACCUGGGCAAUGUCUACAAGGCCGUGCGAGAGGCUGGCGGACUGGUGAUUGCUGAUGAAGUGCAGGUGGGAUUUGGACGCGUUGGCACGCACUUCUGGGCUUUCGAGCAGCAGAACGUAAUUCCAGACAUUGUGACAAUGGCUAAGCCCAUUGGCAACGGUUAUCCAGUGGGAAUAGUGAUAACAACACCCGCGAUUGCAGACGCAUUCGCUUCCAGCGGAAUCUCCUACUUCAAUACAUACGGCGGAAAUCCCGUUUCGUGUGCCAUUGUCAAUGCUGUUCUGGAUGUCAUCGAGGGUGAGGGUCUCCAGGACAACGCCCUGAAAGUGGGUCAUCAUCUGAUUGAGCAGUCAAAGAUGUUUGCGUAUGACUUUGAUCUGGUUGGCGAUGUUCGAGGGUCGGGAUUGUUCUUGGGCAUUGAGUUGAUCAGGAACCACGAAACUCUGGAGCCUGCCACAGAUGAGGCGACUUUUGUGGUGAACAGGAUGAAGGAUUUGCACCAUAUUCUCGUGAGUCAGGACGGACCCAACAACAAUGUCAUCAAGCUGAAGCCUCCGAUGGUGUUCAACAUUGAGAAUGCUGAUGAAUUUCUUCUCGCCUUCCGCGAAUGUCUCAACACACUCAAAGCGAUGGAGCAGAAAUCGUCAGAAGUGACUGGACAAACCACCAUUGUUUGCACAAAGUCAGAAGCGAAGAUCCUCAAGACGUCAGAGGUUUUGAUAAAAGGAGUGUAAAAGAUCGUAUUAUUGCUUAGUGUAUAAGAAAAUCCUAGCAUUAGAAUCUUGAGAAUUCACCUAUUUCUAUUGUAUGCAUGAUAUUCCAGAAGAAACUUUGUCUUUUAAGCUCCUCCUGCUGAUAAAGGAUGUGCAAAGAUGUUAUUGUAUGAGAAUAUUAAAAACAGAAGAGUACGUUUCACUGAUUAAAA